UAUCAAACUGUCCUGCCCUUUAAUCCAAUUCUAAGCUGCAGAAAUUGAAUUAUAGAAAGAAAACUUUUUUUAGAGGAGUCAACUUGCUUUUGCAAAUCACUAAUCAAAAUGCUUGUCUUUUCCCCCAGGCCGGUCUAUGUUGAACAGCAUCUCAUGAACUACGAUGCGACGUCUUUCCCCCUCCCAUUCGCCAGACUACAAAAGUUGGGUUCGAGAGACCUUGAUUGAAUCGGAUUGAAUCGAGGAAACAUGGGAGCAUCGUUGUUUCGCCUGUUCGCCGUCUUUGUGGCUGUCUGCAUGAUCCACUGUCAAACGGUGUGCAACCCGCGAGCGUCACUUGAAUGGCACCCCAAACAACAAACAGUCCAAGUGAACUGGUCUCUCCGAGGAGACAUCUGCAGAAGCACUCCCGCGUGUUGGGACUCUCAGGGGAGCGAUGACUCGAGCGGGCACCGCCCUAUCUUCCCGCAGAUGUGUCCACUUCAGCUGCAACACGGAGACAAACUGCUGGUGUCCGCCGACGAAUCCCUGAGGUCGUACGGCGUCAGACUCCUCAACGUCUCAGAGCGCAACUUUGAGAGCUGCUCCGCGGAUGGACGGACAGCCGAUCAGUUCCUUUCCCCCCACAAUAUAAACGAAAGCGCGCAAGUGGAGGCCAAGUGGCUCGUCCCCGGGCGCCAUUACUUCAUCGCUCUGCACGAGGGCGACGCGCAGCUGUGCAAGCUUGGCCUGAGGCUCAAUGUGUCCGUUAAAGCGCAACUUUGUCGGGGCUCUCCUCUGCUGCGACUUUGUUCUGGGAACGGUGUUUGUCAAACAGACCUCUGGGAAGGUGCAUACCACUGUCACUGCCACCAACGCUAUUCUGGGAGGUUUUGUGAAAAGUUUGAUGCCUGUAUGGAUAACCCGUGCGAAAACAAAGGAGUCUGUUUGAGCAAUGAAUCCACAGAUCCGAUGCACCGAACAUAUAAAUGUCUUUGUCCUCCACAUUUCACAGGUGUUAACUGCUCUGAAGUCAUCGGGAGGCAAAACUGUGACAGAGUUUGUGAAAACGGGACAUGCGUUCGAGCAUCGCCCGUGUCUUUCAAAUGCGUCUGUGACACGGGAGUCUCGGGCCCACCUUGUGAGAAGAAGAAAGCCACCUGUCAUCAGAACCCGUGCAGAAAUGGUGGCCUAUGUGACGAGAGCCCUGGAGGAUUCGUCUGCCGUUGUCCAGAAAGAUUCGGGGGCCUCUACUGUGAAUCCAUAUUUGACUUGGACUGCAUGUCAUACGCAUGUCAGGAGGAGCACAUUUGUACUGCAGGGGAGCGUGCCUCUGAAUGUGUCUGUGCAGAUGGUGGUGCGGCCCCGGGAUGCAGCAGGCAGCGGAACGCGUGCAGCCCAUCACCGUGUCUCAACAAUGGCACCUGCGUGUCCAGGGGAAAUGAUUACGUCUGCAGAUGCCUGAGAGGAUUUUCUGGGAAGAAUUGUGACGAAAUAAUUGACUACUGCAGGCUGCUCAAUAUCAACUGCCUAAAUGAGGGAUUGUGCUUGAGUGUAAUUGGCGGAUAUCAGUGUGUUUGUGCCCAAGGAUGGAUAGGGGAGUUUUGUCAGUAUGUAGGCAAUGCCUGUCUGAUUAAAACGAAUGGCUGUUUGAAUGGAGCCACAUGCAUUACAACAAGUCUGCCAUCAUCUCCCCCAAAGUACACCUGCAAAUGCCCGCUCGGCUUCACAGGAACAAAGUGCGAGACCGAGAUCAACGAGUGCGACUCCAGCCCCUGUCAGCACAACGGCACAUGCUCCGACUUGCUGGGACGCUACGAGUGCCAAUGUUCAACAGGUUUUCUGGGAGAGAAUUGUGAAGUUGACGUUGAUGCUUGUGCGUUACCCAACAACACAUGUCCACUAAACACUCAGUGUUUGGAUCUCCCAGGUGGUCUUGAACACACCUGCCGUGUUCCCUGCCCUCAAAACCUUCAACCUUGUGCCAACGGAGGACGCUGUGUCUUGAAUGAGGCCGGCGGCUACGCCUGUAUCUGUAUGCCUGGUUGGUCCGGUCACAACUGCCAUAUAAAUGUCAAUGAUUGUGUUCAACAUUGGUGUCAAAAUGGAGCCACUUGUGUGGAUGAGAUUGAUGGCUACAGGUGCCUUUGUCCCCGAGGAUACACUGGCGCUCGCUGUGAAGAGGACAUUGAUUACUGUGUCGGCCACCGCUGCUCCGAACACGGCGUUUGCCUGGACCAGCAGCAUAACUUCACCUGCCGCUGCAUGCUGGGAUUCGAGGGGUCGCUCUGCGAACUGGAGACAAAUGAGUGCAGCGGCUUCCCAUGUGCGAGGGGCGCCACCUGCGUGGACCAUAUCAGUGAUUAUCAGUGCCACUGUCCCCCUGGGUUUGAGGGAAGAACCUGCUCGGAGAAUGUAAAUGAUUGCUGGUCGCAGCCUUGUCUAAACGGAGGCUUGUGUAUGGAUCUGAUAAAUGACUACAUUUGUCAUUGUCCCCUUGGAUUCAAGGGGAACGACUGCUCCGUGGACAUUGACCUUUGCUCAUUUGGAAUCUGCAGUGAACAUACAUUGAUAUGCACCGAGACCAGAGGUGGACAGAAUGUCUCUUGCACGUGUGAAAGAGGGUUUGGAGGAGCAUUUUGUGAAGUAAAUCUCAAUGAGUGCGAGUCAAAUCCAUGCCAGAACAGUGGUAUUUGUGUGGACGGCACAGACGACUAUCAGUGCUUGUGCUCAGAGGGGUUUGAGGGCUUGAACUGUGAAAUCAACUAUGAUGAAUGUGUCCAUGGAUAUUGCGCCAAUAAUUCCACAUGUAUUGACCUGAUUGCAGACUACGAGUGCAUCUGUCCUCCGGGCUUUGCUGGUAAGAAUUGCUCCACAUUCGUCGCUGCGUGUGAAUCAGAUGUCGAGGUCUGCAAGAACGGAGGAACCUGCUACCGAAGCUCAACUGGAGAAAUACAUUGUAUUUGCCGUCCAGGUGUAACGGGCCAGUUUUGUGAGAUAAACGUCGACGAUUGUGAAGAACGGCCCUGUGGAGUCCUGAGCGUUUGUAAAGACACUCUGAACGGCUACAAUUGCUUCUGUGCACCUGGAUUUAUUGGAAGCAACUGUGAGAUUGAAGUGAAUGAAUGCCUCAGCCAGCCUUGCCUAAAUGGAGGCUCCUGCAUUGAUGAGCUCAACUCCUUCGGCUGCCAGUGUCCUCUCGGAGUCACAGGGGACCACUGUGAAGUCAACAUAGAUGAGUGCACGUCCUCCCCCUGCCUGCACAAUGCCACGUGUGUUGACCUCGUAAAUGGCUUUGGAUGUGUCUGUCCGCCGGGCUUUACAGGUACAAGGUGUGAACUUGACAUUGAUGAGUGUGCUUCAUCUCCCUGCAAGAACAGAGCCUCCUGCAUUGACCAGCCUGGUAAUUACUUCUGCCAAUGUGUGGCUCCGUUUAAAGGACAUAAUUGUGAGUUCUUACCCUGUGAGGCCAGUAAUCCCUGCGAGAACGGUGCAGUGUGUGUGGAGGAGUUGGAUCAGGACCAUUUCCCCCUGGGCUUCCGCUGCCACUGUCGCCGGGGCUUCACCGGACCCCGCUGUGAAAUCAACGUGGAUGAGUGCAGCUCCAGCCCCUGUUUUCACGGCUUCUGCUAUGAUGUUGUAGAUGGCUUUUACUGCCUUUGCAGUCCUGGUUAUGCCGGGCUGAGAUGUGAGCAAGACAUCGAUGACUGCCCGGACAGUUUGUGCAGCACCGACUCUGUUUGCAAGGACCUCCAUCUGAGUUAUGAGUGUGUGUGCCAUGCCGGCUGGGAGGGGGAGUACUGCCAACAAGAAAUUGAUGAAUGUUUAUCACAGCCCUGCAAAAACCACGCCACCUGCAAAGACCUUCUCGGCGGCUACGAGUGUUUGUGCUCACUGGGCUGGACAGGUGUGGACUGUGCGGAGGAUGUGAAUGAGUGUGAUUCAGGGCCCUGUCUAAAUGGAGCUCAGUGUCAGGAGUCAGACAUACCAGGGGAGUUCUCCUGCACCUGUCCCCCCUUCUUCCGUGGCCCCCUGUGCAACCAGCCUUAUGACCCCUGCGACCUCCUUCACAAUCCGUGCCGGCACAACUCCACCUGCCUGACACGCUCCAAUGGAACAGCCUCCUGCAGAUGCUCAGCUGGAUUUGAAGGAAGUUGCUGUGAAAUUGACACCAAUGAGUGCGCCUCAAAUCCAUGCCAAAACCAGGGCGACUGCGUGGACCAGGUCAACGGUUAUAGCUGUGAUUGUAGGAUGGGAUUUUCUGGCCUUCGCUGUGAGGAAGACAUCAACGAGUGCACCUCCAGCCCCUGCCACAACGCUGGCGUUUGUCAAGACCUCGUGAACAAAUACCGCUGCGUUUGCCCUCCUGGUUAUUUUGGAACGCUGUGCGACCUGGAUGUGAAUGAGUGUGAAGUUUCACCUUGCCUGCACGAGGGCAUCUGUAUCAACACACCCGGCGGCUUCAAGUGUGCCUGUCGCCCCGGAUACUCAGGGGCACGGUGUGAAGUUAACAUCGAUGAGUGCGCUUCAAACCCGUGCCAAAAUAGUGGGAGAUGCAUUGACGCACCGAAUCGAUACCACUGCUUGUGCCCUGAUGGCUUCGUGGGGCCCCGCUGUGAGGCCGACAUCAAUGAAUGCAUGUCAGCGCCUUGUCUUCAUGGAGGCUGCAUGGAUGGAGUAUCUUCGUUCUCCUGCCAGUGCGAAUCUGGAUGGACCGGCAGCAGAUGUGAGACGAACAUCGACGAGUGCGCUUCCAGUCCCUGUUUGAAUGGAGGCUCGUGUGUGGAUCUCACUGAUAAGUACGCAUGCUUCUGUCACGAUGGUUACACCGGGAAAACCUGUGAGAACGAUGUAGACGUCUGCAAAGAGGCUGCUCUUAAUGUCGCAUACUGUUUCAAUGGAGCCACCUGCAUCGACGGCGAAGGAUCCAACUUUACAUGCAGCUGUCCACCAGGUUUCAUGGGAGAGUUCUGCGAAGUGGACGUUAACGAAUGUUGCUCGGCUCCCUGCCACAACGGUGCCAUUUGCCAAGAUCUUAUUAACAGCUACGUCUGCCACUGCAGGUCAGGUUGGACAGGCCUUCACUGUGAGGAUGACAUUAAUGAGUGCCUUCCACAGCCUUGCAACCAGGGGAUAUGCAUUCAGAACGAUCCGGGCUAUGGCUACACCUGUUUCUGUCGUCCUGGAUUUGUGGGGAAGAACUGCGAGCACAACUAUGAUGAGUGUCUGUUGAAUCCAUGUCCAGAAGCAUUUUCCUGUGUAGAUGGCAUCAACAAGGUCAGCUGCCUGCCUCCUGUCAUGGAUGCUGUUCCCUUGGCGACUGCAGUGAAGAACAUAACACGCGGCUCCUCACCUAAAGUGCCAAUGCCGACACUCAGUCCAGCACCAACAGCUGAGCAAAGCACAGAUCGGAGCUAUGUUCAUUACUUUGGGAAUUCAUACCUUGAGUUUGAGGGUAUUGACCUCAGUGCACUCAAGCACAUUAUUGUGAGAUUUCAUACCCAAGCGGCCCGGGGAACUAUAUUUUAUGUGGACCAAGGACCUGCUAAUGGGGACUUCUUUUUCGUGAAGCUCUUCAUCUUGGAUGGAGUCUUACAGUAUACCUUUUGCUGUAACCAGGAGGAAGGGAUCACAUUGAUCAAUACAUUAAGUCGUGUUGACGAUGGCCUAGUUCACAUUGUUCACAUCAGACAACACUUGACCCCCUGUGAAGCAGAACUUACUCUUUGGGGCCAUGAGAAAAUCAAAAGUUCGGCAAGUAAUUACUGGUUGGGACACACGAUACAAAACACAACCCACAUCUUUACGGGAGGUCUGCCGCAACAUUAUCGACCUAAUCAGAAAGCGAAACCUUUCCAUAACUUUACUGGCUGCAUUGAAAUAACUGAGAUGAAUAACCUGAGGAGCUUUUACACAUCUGAUGCCAUCGCCCGCAGCAACGUAGACCAAUGCAGAUAUUCUUUAUAUGCUGGCGGAGCCUCAGCAACAGGCUCCUCAAGUUUGACAACUCAAUCGACCAGCCCUGACACACUGAGCACACCAACAAUGGCAGCUCCCACACAAACACCAACCCAUCCUCUGCAUGAACCUCAAGUUUGCCCUGACGGUUUCUGCCGCAACGGAGGAACGUGUCAUCAGCCGCAGCCCCCUGGUGGAGCUCUGCCUUCCUGUCACUGCCCGCUUCACUUUACUGGAACUUUUUGUGAGAAAGAUGCCACAGUAUAUAUCCCCUCAUUUGAUGGCACAUCUUAUUUGGAGCUGCAGCCUCUUGCGUUCCUCCUCCAGCCUUCUACACCUGCUCCUGCUGAGGACACCGCUGCUGUUCUCUGUCUGACAUUGAAAACAGGAUCUGCACAGGGCACCAUCCUUUACACUCAGGAGCAGAACUUUGGGGGCCAGUUUCUUCAUGUGUUCCUUCAAGACGGAACCCCCGUCGCUAAACUUGGGUGUGGUGGCAGUCACGUUUUGAAUGUAGCUGCGGACCAGAACAUCGACAAUAACAGAUGGAUACCAGUCACAAUCCGAUACAAUCUGCCUGUUGGCAAACAAGGAGGGUCAUGUAUGAUUGAAAUAGCUGCGGAUAAUGGCACAGCUCAGCGUCAAGAGGAGUACGUGUCGCAUCCCGUGUCAGAGGGAGCCCUUGGGCCCAUAUUUCUCGGGGAUGUUUCGUCCCACUGGGAGAUGCAUGACAGGAGCGCAAGGGGUGCGAGGAGAUUCAUUGGCUGCAUGAGGGAACUUCGGGUCAACUCAAAGGAGAUUUACCUGGUGGGCGAGGCCGUGAGAGGGAGAAACAUCAAGAACUGUGACCCGCCCGUCUGCCAACAUCUUCCCUGUCGUAAUGGAGGAACUUGUGUCAGCGAUGCCGAGGACUGGUUCUGCGAGUGCCCCCCGCUCCACGCCGGCCGGCUGUGCCAGUUCGACGCCUGCGAGCGCGACCCCUGCGGUCACGGAGCCACGUGCAUCCCAAAGUCACCGCUGGAGUUCGUGUGCCUCUGCCCCUACGGACGACAGGGUCUGCUGUGUGAUGAAUCCAUCAAUAUAACUCGUGCCAGAUUCGGCGGAAGGGAUGAGUUCGGUUACACCUCCUUUGUGGCUUAUUCCCCCGUCCCGAGCCUGAGUCUCUUCUACGAGUUCGAGCUGAAGUUCACUCUCGCCGACAACUCGUCUGCCGUGAAGGACAACCUGAUCCUGUUCGCUGGGCAAAAAGGACGAGGAAAUGAUGGUGAUGACUUCCUUGUACUGGGACUACGAAAUGGCCGAGUUGUGCACAGAUUCAACCUCGGAUCCGGUGUCGCAACCGUAGUCAGCGAUCGACUGAGCCACCGCGUCAACAUUCACACUGUCACGUUCGGAAGGUCCAAGAAAACAGGGUGGCUGAAGGUUAAUGGUCAACGCAACAGGACAGGAUCGUCUCCGGGACCCCUGGUGGGCCUCGGUGUUUUCAACCAGCUCUUUGUAGGUGGAUAUAAUGAGUACACCCCUGAACUGCUGCCACUUGGCUCCAGGUUCCGUCACGGCUUUCAGGGGUGCAUUUUUCACGUGCAGUUUCGCACAAGGAGAGAUGGAAAGUUCCAAGCUCUGGGACAGCCUGCGGGACAUCCAGCCUUCGGGCGCAGCGUGGGUCAGUGUGGAGUCACGCCGUGUGUUCAUAUUCACUGCAGCAACGGAGGGACAUGUGUAGACUCCGGCUCGUCUGUGUAUUGCCGGUGCCCGUUUGGAUGGAAGGGAGCUCUCUGUUCCGAGACCGUGUCCGUGUGUGACGUUGAGCACGCCCCCCCUCCUCAGUGCGCCCACGGCUCCAAAUGCAUCCCUCUCCCAAAUGGAUACACCUGCCAUUGCCCCCUGGGGACUGCGGGGCUCCACUGCGAGAAAGCCGUGACCAUCAGUGAUCCAUUCUUCAGCGGCAACCUGUCUUCCUGGAUGUCGUUCCGACCAGUGAGUAUCAGACACAGGGCCGUGUUGCAGCUGCAGUUCCAACCUUUGUCACCGGAUGGCAUCCUUGUCUACACUGCACAGCACCUCAGUGCCACAGCUGGAGAUUUCUUCUGCCUCUCCUUGAAAUCCUGGUUCGUCCAGCUGCGAUACAACCUGGGGGACAGCACCCACGUCCUUCAGUCUGUUGACAAGGUGGACCCAAGCGGCAGCACCUGGCACGUGGUGAGGGCAGGCCGAGUCGGCCACCAGGGCUUCCUCCGCCUGGAUAACAAGGAGGUCAGGGAAAACGUGUCCGAGGGGAUGACCACCCUGGACGUCACCACGGACAUCUUUGUCGGAGGCGUGUCCACCCUGAGUUUAGUCUCCACGGACGCAACUGAAGGGGAACCAAUGGGCUUCACCGGCGGCGUGAGAGAACUUCUACUCAACGAUCGAGAGCUUGAGUUGACAGAGAAGGGGGCAGUGAGUGGAGCAAACGUCGGCGACUGGGAUGGGACGGCCUGUGGGUACAAGGUCUGCCAAAAUGGAGGUCACUGCAGGGCAACAGGAAGUAACUCAUUCGAGUGCGUCUGCCCUCCGUCGUGGACCGGCUCUGUGUGUAACCAGUCCGUAGGCUGCGCAAACAACAUCUGCAAACGCGGUUCCUCGUGCGCCGCGUCCAAUGUGACCUCAUACCGCUGCAUCUGCCCCUUAGGAUGGGGAGGGAAAUACUGUGACACAGAAAUGUCCACGGACACCCUCAGGUUCGUGGGGAACUCGUACGUUAAAUACCGGGACCCGAGAUACUACACUAGAAAUUUAAAAUACACGCAGGUUUCCUUCAGCUUCAGCGCAAGCUCGAACGCCGGUUUGAUCGCGUGGAUGGGAAAGGCCGAGCAGGAAGACGACGACUACCUCGCAGUCGGACUGGAGAGCGGCCGCCUCAAGAUCGCGGUGAAUCUCGGAGAGAGACUCUUCCCCCCAUUGACUUUCAGAAAUGUCACACUGUGUUGCAAUAAACGGCAUCACGUCUCCAUAUCUCUGAACAGCACCGUCAUCCAGGUGUUCCUGAACAGUCAGAGGAUCCUGUCUGAAGACCUGGACCCGUUUGAGCGAUACGUGGCCCUAAACUACGGGGGCCAGCUUUACUUCGGAGGGUUUGAAUUGCACAGGUACGUUUCGAUCGUCACGUCAGGGUUGUUCUCAAAGGGCUUCGAAGGCAAUCUCGGAAAAGUUUAUUUGUUUGAAGACACCAAGCCGCUGCCGUUUCUCCAAGACAGUGAAGGUUUUAAUGUUUAUGAGGGGGAUGAAUAGCGGCGGGAGUGUGACUCCUCGCAUCUGCAAUAGUUGAAAAUUCCCUUUGCGACACAAUCUUGGCAGCGGUUGGGAUCCAAUUUUUCAAAAGGAAAGUUCACACUAAACUAUAUUUUACUACUUGUUUCUUCAACACUUUAUAGCUCAGUUAUCAUCCGACUUUUCUUUUUUUUAUGGAUUACAGUGCUUUUGCUGGCAUGUGUAUAUCGUCUGAAUCACAGCUGUGAGAAG